UAUUUCAACAUUAAUUUUGAUUGGUGCAAUUUAGACCUUGACCAUCAUAAUACAAGCAUGGCUUCUAUCACUUCGUUGAAGGGUUUGGUUGGUUUAGUGACAGGUGGAGCAUCAGGUCUAGGUAGAGCAACAGCUGAACGAUUGGUAAGACAAGGUGGAAAGGUUGUUCUCUGUGAUCUACCUACAUCAAGUGGUGAAGCAGUAGCCAAGGAACUUGGUCCUGAUUGUGUUUUUGCACCUACAGAUGUAACAUCAGAAAAAGAUGUGCAGAAUGCACUAUCUCUUGCAAAAGAUAAAUUUGGAAGACUAGAUACAGCUGUAAAUUGUGCUGGUAUUGGUGUUGCAUUUAAAGUUUACAAUUUUAAUAAAAAACUACCCCAUGCUUUAGAUAGUUUCCAAAACGUUCUAACAGUAAAUACUGUAGGAACAUUUAAUGUGAUACGUUUAGCUGUUGGAUUGAUUGGAGAGAAUAAACCAAAUGAAGAUGGACAGAGAGGUGUGGUUAUUAAUACAGCUAGUGUAGCUGCUUAUGACGGACAGAUGGGUCAAGUUGCAUAUUCAGCUAGUAAAGGGGCCAUUGUUGGUAUGACCUUACCAUUAGCUCGAGAUUUAGCUUCACAAGGAAUUAGAGUUGUUACAGUUGCUCCAGGAUUAUUCAAAACACCUCUAUUAGCUAGCUUACCAGAAAAAAUUAUCAAACAUCUUUCUCUCAGCAUACCAUUUCCUUCUCGACUUGGCCAUCCUGACGAGUAUGCCCAUAUGGUACAAUCUAUUAUAGAAAACCCAUUAUUAAAUGGUGAAGUUAUACGUCUUGAUGGUGCUAUUAGGAUGGUUUGAUGAGUGACAAUAAAACAAUAAUUGUGGCAAUCAGUUUGUAGAAUUUGAACAAGCUUUGGUAACAUUCAGUCUAGAGACGUGAUUCGUGAUUCGUAUGGUCAUAUCCUUAUUUUAAAAUUGUGGAUCAAAGAACUUGUGUAUGUCUUAUUCUACGUUUAUUUUGCACGAAAGAAAAGAAACAAUAAUGAAUACCUACUAUAAUUAUUGUAGUGUGGAUAAUAAUUUGUUUACACUCAAAUAUACAAUACAACAAGAUAUUAAUAUAUGCAACUGAAGUUGGAAACAAAAUAAAUUCUAGUUGAUUUAGGAUUAUUCUUAAUGAUGUCAGGUGUCAAUAAACAGAGUUGUAUGUAACAUAUAUGCUUUAGAGAAAUAUUAUUAGAGAAAAAAUAGUUUGUAAAAAAUAAAUGAAUUUAUAUAUUUUUUUUUCUACAUUUGUUAUUACUAGUCCAUCAGUAAAUGUUAACGAUAGUAUCGCAGAUUAAAUAUUACCAAUAUUACUGGUAGUUUCAAGUAGUACAAAUUGGGUUAAAGCAAGAUGUAGGUGAAGUAAUGACUUUAAUAGGUAAAUGGAUUUAUAAUGAAGACAAUGUGCUGCUCUGACUUUUGUAUUUUCUCACUUUUCUCAUCUAGUGGCAAUCACUUGGUUUCAAUUUAUCUGGUACUAAUUGUGUUUUUGUGGUACUGUCAUACAUAUUUUAUUAUAUAAUGUUGUAAAAUUUUGUCGACUCAUUCCCAUUGAACAUUUGUUGUCUCUCCCCAUAGAAUUCAAGUUCCUGUGACAACCAUAAUUAAUAUUGCUUUAUAAAGUAUGAUACUAUGUAACGGUAAAUCUUGAAUCACAGUUUAGUUGACGGAAUUCCAAUGGUAGCUCAGUGGCGUGCCUAUACAUACAGGUUAUACUGAAAGAUUGUGACAUAUAUGCAUGUCACAUGUCAUCAGUAACCUUCGCAUUAAGAGGGGAGUUGGAUGGCUGAAUGGUUAGCAUGCGCGCACUGUAUCAUAAAGUCUGUCAUUGAGUCGACUGGGGUGGUUUCGAAUCCCCUGUUGUAUGUGACAAGGAGUAGGGUCGCCUGUCCAACCUCGUGGGUUUUCUCCAGGUCCUCUGGUUUCCUCCCAUUGCUAAAGACCCCUAUGCGCAAGCGAAUUAUUGAAAUAAAAUUAAACCAUAUGUUAGUCCCGAAAUGACCUAGUUUGUGUCGAGUGGACGUUAAACCCCAUCUCUCUCUCUCUCUCUCAUUAAGAAGCUUGAGCAUGCCAGAAAAAACAUGACAGUUUAUCAGGACAUUUGUUCUGUUCGAGGUAUUUACAGGGACCAUCACAUUCGACAAAUAAAUGUUCAAUGAAAACAUCAAAUAUAACAUUCUAAAUAUUUGUUUAAAAAUCUACCUGGGAUUCAUAGAUUCACAAUCCAUACUGAGAUGUUGUCAUGCAGUUAUUUCGUCCUGAAUGAAUUCUAACACUAUCACUGAUAAUAUUUUUAUAAGCGGAAUACCAUAUAUGUAUAGAAAAGCAUUUUGUAUGGAAGUUUACUUAAGUACAUGAACAUUGGGUAUAUCUCCAUGAAUGAAAAAUAUAAAGAGGAUGCUCGAUUGUCAGUCCGGAACGUUCCGAAUUGCGGAAUUGCAAUCGAGUGACGUGGAAUUCAGUCCUGUCACAGUUCUGUCAGUCCCGACAAAGGAGGUGGUGAGAGUAGAAUCGUGACGUAAUUAAACCUAAUGAACAUGUUUCAGCUGUCAUGAUUGGUUGAGAUAUUUUCUCAUGCAGUCAAUGCAUGCAGUCUAGCCCAAAUUCCCAUUUUCACUCGAUUGUCACUAUUUUUGGGUUUGACAGAAUUCAAUUGCGGAACGUUCAAUCGAGCAACCCCUAUAUGUCUUUCAUUAGAGUUGCCCCCCUUCAAUAGGCAAGGCUGCUUUCCAAAAUCCAAAAUGUUUGGCCAUAAAAAUAAUCUGUACUGUGA